UGCCUGUUGGAUGGUAUAGGUAGUAAGAAGUAUCAUUGACAUGGAAAUGGUCUUACCCACUGAAGCAUAACAGUAAUGAGUUCAUUUGUACAGUGAAGGUAAUGCUGCUGGGAAUUCUGAAACAAGAUGGCAUCAAAAGGAAAAGAGACCGAAGAUGAUAUCUAUUGUGCAUGUCUGUCAAAGGCAUUAUGUCAAGUGGCUACCCCAGUCACCGUUGGUUUAUACGCCCCUUUUGGGGGCAGAGUUUACAUGCUUCUGGAUCGUAUAACAAAGUGCAUGAGAGAAGAAGCAUCACGUAUAACAGAGAAGGAGGAGACAACUUUAAAACAAACUACAGUUAAACCUCAUGGAUUGGGCUUCAUGCAUUUGCUCUGGCGUCUACUUUUCUACUGUCCUGUGGUCACUUCAGCUCACUUAGAACGUAAAAGCAUCCAGUUCAUUUUUGUGCACUUUAGCGCCUGGCAGUAUGCAGGUAGCGACCGUCUAUGGGCCGGCCUCGUCACCACUCUCUGUGACCAAAUACGACGACACUUUGGAAUCCUUCCACUUAGUGUCUUUAACGUCCUGGGCUCAGCCCCCAAGAGGAAUCUUGAAGAAGAUGUCAAGGAAUGGACGUUUAAAAGGACCUUUUGUAUCGUUUUGGUAGUUACUUUUAUUUUACUUCUCAUAGGUUUGCUCCUUUUAACUGUGCCUAUAAACUCCAGCAGCCAUGAAGGUAAAGAGAAAGUCAGCACUGUUUUUGGAAGUCUGGCUACUGUUCUUGCAGGUUCAGGCAUCGCCAUGACAUUAUAUAAAAUAUGCAAAAGUGUCUUAAUUAGUCAGAAGCAGAAGAUUGAACGUUUAGUCAAUAGCCAAAAAUUCAGUUCCCAAAUGGGAUUUAUGAAUGAAGUGAAAAAGGAGGUAGAACUAAUAACCCAAAUGGUUCAAUACAUGGAGAUUUUCCAGAAGCAAAAAAUCAGAGUGGUUCUGCAAAUCACUAGCUUGGAACUUUGUGCACCAGACAAAGUGGUUGGGGUACUGGACGCCAUGAACACUCUUUUGUCUGACCAAAGAUCUCCAUUCAUAUCUAUAUUAGUAGUUGACCCUAGUAUUAUUGUUACCUGCUUGGAGAGUGCAGGCUCCUUGAAAGGCAUGGCAGACAAUGGCUACAUGUUUUUAAAUCGCACUGUUACUCUGCCAUUCUCUGUGCCAUCUCUUGGCAAGAAAACUAAGCUGCAACUUCUGAGAAAGGCUGUUCAGAGAACUGAGGAUCUUAUUGAUUGGCCUUGUCGAAAUGAUGCUAAUCGGGGUACUAAAACUGGUAUCACUGAGUCCAUGAAAUUGUUGAGAGAAGAGCUCUCAGAAGAUGAUGAGGCAGAGAUAGGUAUGCCAAUAUAUCAACCUGCAUACUGUAUUCAAGAGGCGUUUUAUGCCCUGUACAGUGAACGUGAAGUUCUCCAUGAAUACAUUCCUGAUAGCAUAUGUCAAAUGAAACGAAUUGUCAAUGCGAUCCCAGUCAUGGUCCACCUGAUGAUGCUGAGUAAAAUACCAUGGGGCAAAUUGUCCUCUAAAUCUGUAGCUGCUUGGGUUGUCCUCUGUAAUCAGUGGCCCUGCAGGCUAAGUUGGAUUCUUCAGUGUCUGGAAGAUGAAGAACAACAAGGCUCAAAGGAAGGGUUUAGCAAUUCCCUACUCUGGGAUGUGUUUAAGCAGUACAGCAAGGAACUGUUUGCCAUGAAGGCUGGUUUAAAAAACCUUUUGGACUUGGAUGGAGAUCCAGAGAUUUUCCAGAGGUUCCUUUCUAAAGACUUUCCUUUUACAGUGGAGGAAUCCAGAAGACUUAUAAAGUGCACCAUUAACUUGGAUUCUUCUAUGAAGAACAAAAUGGGCCUUCUACGUGGAAUCAAUAGCCUUCAAAAUGACUGGAAGGACACAGAAGAUUCUAACAAUAAAACAGAGAAGGAAGCUGAAUGUAACAACGAUGGGAAAGACAAAAAGGAAACAGUUGGGGAAGGAGAUCCUGACUGUUCUAAAGAAGCAGAAAAAAGGGAAAUUGACAGGACAACUUGGAAAAAGGCAAGCUGGUUUAAUUUAGAAGUAUAUGAAGACAUUGGAGAAGGAUCCAUGAGGGGAAUGCAGGAAAAAGUGUUUGAAGGUGUGGCAGAAGAACCUACAAUGAACAUCCACACAACACCAACUUCAGAGAUGUGCGGUACACAGUGUGAUUGCAGGGAAUGCAAAUGUGUAAAUGAGACACUCAGAAGUGGAAUAGAGCUUUCUCAGGAUAGCUAUAAUGGUGAACUAUUAACACAAAUAACACAAAUGCAAAAAGAUGACAAUGAAUGCAUAAUACAGACUCAGAAGAAAGCCAUGGAUGAGUGUAUAGAGGACAACCAAUUAAAGGAGCUAUCUGGGAAAUUUAUAGUCGUGCAAAAGAAAGAAGAAGAAUCCACCUAUGAAAUGCAAAGCCAAAUUAAAGACUUCCCGGAACAGUCAAUAUUACCGACACAUGAGGCUUAA